UGUAUUAUAAUAGCCAUAGUGCAGCCAUGAAGAACUCUGGUGUACAGCUCGAGAAUCAGCCAAAUUGUGUACCUCAGCUGGCUAGACCUCCUGGGUUUGGCGUGCGUCACUUUCAGUCGAUCAUGUGUUUCACAUGUCUGGUGUUCGCAUACGGCCUGAGGGUGAAUCUGUCAGUGGCAAUCGUGGCUAUGACUGAUAAGAAGACAGCAGAUUCUGGCAUAAAGGUUCUGCCUUGGGAUAUUGCCCAGAAAGGUGUCAUCCUCAGCUCCAUGUUCUGGGGCUAUGUUAUACUACAGAUACCCGCGGGGCACAUGUCUCGAAUCAUCGGGUCGAAAACUAUGAUAUUUUGGUCGAUGGUGUUUUGCUCCAUCGUCACCAUUUUUACACCAUUUAUAUCACUCAACUACGACUGGUUGGUGUUCUGCUUCAGUAGAUUCCUUCAAGGCCUUGGCCAGGGCUUUUUAUUUCCCUGUCUCAACACACACAUUUCGAAGUGGGCCACUCCCCAGGAGCGCAACAGAGUGGUCGGAUUUGUUUACGUAGGAGGCCAAGUAGGUGCGACCCUGACCAUGUUCGUGGCCGGGUACCUGGCAGCAAGUUCCUGGAGAUGGCCCAGUAUCUUCUACGUGACCGGAAGCUGUGGACUCCUCUGGGCUCUGAUGUGGCUGUACGUGGGUGCCGACGAUCCGGACUCUCACUCCACAAUCAGUGAUGGCGAGAGGGCUUACAUCAAGUCUUCCCUCGUCAAUUCCUCCGACCAGAGCAAGAAAAUGAAGACGCCAUGGAGGCAGAUCAUGACAUCGGUUCCAGUCCUGGCUCUCCUGGCCUCCAGCUUCGGCCAACUCUGGAGCUACUGGACUCUGGUCACCAUGCUUCCUCUCUACUUUGGGCACGUCCUCGGCUUCGACAUCAAAAAUAACGGUCUGAUAUCUUCUCUACCUUUUUUUAUGAAGACUUUAUUGACUAUCGUCUUCUGCUGCGCGGCAGACUUUGUCAUUUCAAGAGAGUUUUUGUCAGUUUGGACCUCUCAGAGGAUUUGGAACUCCAUAGCUCUCUGGGGAGGAGCUGCCACUCUGAUGGGACUUCCUUUCGUCCACAGUAACGCCGGCGCUGUGGUUCUUCUGGUCUCCUCUUUGGGCUGUGGUGCGGGUAUCUACCCUGGGUAUGUUAGCAACCAUCUGGACCUCGCGCCCAACUUUGCUGGUCUGCUCCUGGGUAUCACUAACGGCCUCGGUAACAUCAGCUCUAUUCUGGCUCCUCUGGUUGCAGGAUUUGUCGUCACUGAUGAGACAAGUAAAGAACAGUGGAUGGUUAUAUUCUACAUCUGUGCAGCCACGUUUUUCUUCGGCAAUUUGGCAUUCUUAAUGUUUGGCUCCGCAGAGGUUCAACCAUGGAACAAUACAUUGGAAGAAAUCGACAAAUCACCAGAUGAGGAGAAUUUAUCAACUCAAGAUGACGAUAUCAGAGACAGAAGACUUGCAAAAGUCAUGUGACUUUACUUCAAUCUGAGAUUUUAUUUUGUUGAUUUAUGGACUUUAUUGUUAAUUUUUCUACUUAUAGGUGUUAUUGUUUACAAAUAACAA